AUGGUGCUCUCGACCGGAACGCUGAACCUCAAGUUCAUGCAGCGCGCCGCCGCGCGCGCGGCCAAGACGGAGGCGCCUACCUCUACCGCGUCUCCUGUGCCAGCAUCCGCUGGUCCAUCUGCGUCGACCACCCCCGCGACCCCCGCCUCGCCCGCACCAUCUGUCGCAACACCGGUUCCCGCGCCUGCUCAACCGGCGACACCUGUAUUGGAAGAUGACGCCGAGGCCAAGUGGUUUCUCCCUCGCCGUAACGCCGAGGCUGGGCCGUCAACACGUCCGCGCGUCCAGUUCGUCGCGUCAUACCUUCCCUUCCUCCAGGACGACGAGUCAACUGGGGCAGCGUCGGGUCGCAUGUCGUUUGGGAUGGCGAAAGUGGAAGAGAAGAGGAGUGGAGAUGAAGACGACGAGUUGAUGAGUGAUAGCGACGACGAGGUCGCCAUCCGAGGCAAGAAGGGUGUCUCGGCGGGGCGGUUCUUUGCAGGCGACAUCACGCGGACAAAGUCGCGUGUGGACGAGCCUAUGGAUACGAAGGAGGUUCAGCUGCAACGCACAAAAUCGCGCGCGAACGAGCCCACACCCCCGCCUGAGGAACGAACCUUUCAGCGACCAAAGGGCUUCUCUCCACCACCGAAAGGGAAGGUCCUGGAGAAGGGGAAGGAGAAGCUCAAGGCUGGCAAAGAGAAACCAAAGGACAAGAAGGGCGGCAAGAAGGGUAAUCUGUCGGAUAACCUCUACGCCAAGCUCAAGGACAAGCUCAGCAUCAGCAGAGAGAGUAGCGUGUCUAGCGCUAGUAGUGUGCCCAGCGCCAGUGGGAAGAAGCGCGGUAGAGAGGAGGCUGGCGCUGUGGAGAGUAAGCGGCCCCGGGUGUCUGCGCUAGAUGAGCGGGCAAAGGAGCUGAAGAAGGCCAAGAAAGCUGCCAAGCGCGCGCAGGCGGGCAAGUAA